CUAACUUCCUCAUCGGCUUAUCGGCUUAUUCUCAUUAUUAAACCACUUCUGUUUUUUUUUAAAUCUAUUUCCACGAUGCUUCCCGCAGCCGCAGUUUUUCACUUCCCCUGGGAAGUAAACUCCGGUGCAGUGCAGGAAGGUGAAUCAGUGAGAGUUUUUGGCAGACUUGUGUGCUAUCAGCCUGAGGAGUCCAUGGCUACGCUGUCUGCUCAACAUGCUUCAAAAGAGCACCAGGUGGUCAUCCACACCCUGUUUGUGGAGCCUUUUCACCCGAUAAUUGGAGCGCAGUACCUAGCUCUGGGUGAGAUUGAAAAUGCUGAGGGGGUUGGCGUGAUGGUCCGUGCCCGUGUACUGAACUGCGUAGAUGGUGUAAACGUUGCCCUUCUUCAGAAAGCCAUCAAUGAGCAGAGAAGCUUCUUCAGGGAGAGGGAGCGCCAACAGGGUGAUGCUCCACAUGCCACCUGAUCAGGAUCUGUCAGGACUACAGCGCCACCUCUGAAGUGCACUCGAGCGCUGCAGUGUGAGCUUUAAUGAACUUUAAGACAGUUUGGUUAAAUGUUAAAGUUUUACAGUUUAUAUUGUUAUCUUGUCUACUAGGGGUGGGGGAAGAUAUGGAUACAGGAUAGUAUCGCGAUAAUUGUGCGGCAACAUUGUAUUGAUACACAAAUGUAUAGUUUUUUUUGUCAUUAUAUAAAUGAUUAAUAUUACAAAUACAAUUUCAAUUUUGGUAGCCCUCUAAAAUAAUAAAAUCACUUGCUUUUUCAGAAUUUUGCUGCAAUAAAAAAUAUUCAAGUGAAAAACUUGAUUAGGCACUCAAACGUCUCAAGAAUAAAAUGUGUUUUUUUCACAAUAAUGUCUAUGCUUGGAAUUACAAUGCAGCAAAAAGGCCAACAUGUUUGAAUUGGGAUUGAUAGCCCCGGGCCAGACUUUG